GGAAACACCAUCACAUUUUGCUACGUGUAAUGUUGGCUGAUGGACCGUUUGUGCGCAAAAUCUAUCCCUAACUUCUAUUUUUUUCACUCCGGAAUAUAUAUACAGCAUCUCUAAUCGACGGAGAAACUUAAUGUGUUUUUUUCUACUCAGUUGGGGUGACUUCCAAAUAUAGUGUUAUUGGACUGCAUUUGAUAUGGAUGUCUACCAUCGAUACGUUAGUGCAAAUUUGUGUAAAUUAAAUAAUCGUUCCUACGAUGGUUGUUUAACAAGAACUAUCAAGUUACGAAUGCUUUUAAAAUGUUAAAAAUAAUUUUAUCCUUUUCGAUGGAAUUUACGCAAAGGUUGUGACACCAAUAAGUUUAUAAACAUAAUGUUGUAUCCCGAACAUGGCAUGAAAAUAUCGUUGCUCAAACUUCUUAUCAGUCUAACAAUUAUAAUCGGCACAAUACUCUACACCGUUGAUAUAUCUAUGAUAAAUUUACCCAAUUACAUCGGUUUGAAGUUCACCCGAAAUAACUGGAAUUGGGAAAUCGAACGCAAGCAACAGGAACACGAAUGGGACUCGUCCUACUUUGUGAACACAAUAGGCUGCAAGAUGCCCAGCUUUCCAGUGUAUGGUGAUCACAUCGACAAGUUUCAGCAUAAAUUUAAAUCGCCCGUUGAAUGUUCGAUUCCGAUGACGAGGAGCAAUAAUAACUUUCUCUGGAUAUCAUUGAAUGAAACCGAACUGGACAUUUACUACGAUGUGAAAGAUGUAAAUGAUAUCAAAUGUUCGUACACUCCGAUGUACCGCCAGACCGAUGAUACAAGUUUUCUGGAUAAAACCAAAACGAGAGGUUUUGGUUUCGGUGAAACAGUUAGAAUUAAUUACGAAUUUGUUAGAGUGAUUUGCAAAAAUUCCGUCACUGAUGCAAUAAUUUACAAGGAUCAUCAUUUUUUCGUACCUGUGCCAAGUACAAACGCUGCCAAAGACUCAAAAUACAAGCCGAAUGUUAUGGUACUUGGAAUAGACAGUAUGUCCCGUUUAAACUUUCAUCGGCAAAUGAAUAAAUCCGUUUCUGUGAUGUUAAACGACUUGAGAGCAAUUGAGUUUUUUGGCUACAAUAAAUUAGAAGACAAUACCUACCCGAACUUAGUGCCAGUUCUUACCGGUUUAGAUAAGGACGAAAUUAUUGACGCUUGCGUUCCCUACGAUAACACUACGUUCGAUCGGUGCCACUUCAUUUGGGACAAAUUCAAAACACAAAACUACUCCACAUUGUUUGCCGAAGACACGGGAUGGCUGGGAUUGUUCAACUAUUUUCGUGGUGGAUUUUCCAGACAACCAACCGAUUUCUAUUUACGGCCGAUUGUAAUGGAAAUGGAACGAAGCAAAGAGUCGAAACGAGUGGUCAAUACCUACUAUUGCUUGGGAUACAGAAAUUCGUUUGACUUGUUCGUUGAAUAUAUCACCAAAUUUAUACAAUCCAUUGGAUCGAAGGCGUAUUUCUCGUUCUUUUGGUCAUCAAGCUAUAGUCAUGAUGAUUUGCUGAGUCCGCAGUUGAUUGACGAUAGUUUUUCAGAAUUUCUGUCCAGCUUACCCGCACAAACCAUAGACAACACAUUCCUCUUCAUAAUGAGCGAUCACGGUUUACGAUUCGGUUCGUUUCGCAAUACUUACCAGGGUAUGAUGGAAGAAAGGCAACCAGCCCUAUUCAUCGUCCCACCAAAAUCGUUUCCGCUCAGAUUUCCAAAUGCUGUCAAGAAUUUGCUCAAGAAUCGACGACAAUUAACUACGCAUUUCGAUUUGUACGAAACACUUCGUGAUCUAUCAAACCUAGACGUAAUUACCAAUGAGUCCAUACAAAAACGAUCACAUGAAUUACUGGAAACGGACCCAAUGCCCCGAGGCAUCAGCUUAUUUUUACCAAUACCAGCGUCGAGAUCGUGCAGCUUAGCUGAAAUAUCACCACAUUGGUGUACAUGCCAUGAGGUACAAGAAUUAUCAACAACGGAUAGCAGAGUCCUUAAAUCGGCCCGUCUAAUCGUUCAACAUCUAAAUAAAAUCGUCAAAAGGUUCCCCCAAUGUCAGCCGCUAUCAUUAAAUUCCAUUUCGAAUGCGAAUGUCUUUUCAUCGAGCUCGGACAUUAAGGGUUUCGAAAAGGAUGAAAAUAAAUUCGAGGACAUUAGCGUGCGAUUGCAAACGAAGCCAGGAUUCGCGGAGUUUGAGGCAACUGUUCGGGUUUUUAAUCAUGGUUCAGCGAACAUUACGGGAACAAUAAGUAGGGUAAAUUUAUAUGGCAAGCAAAGUCAAUGUGUCGACGAUUAUGAAGUCAAGCUCUACUGUUACUGUAACAGUUUUAUGUAAAAAGAAGUGUGAGUCAACGCUCUUCAAGCAUGAGUGGAACUCAACGCUCUUCAAGCAUGAGUGGAACUCAACGCUCUUCAAACAUGAGUGGAACUAUGGGUAAUUCCAGCUAAUUUGUGACUGUUCGAAAUAUUUUCACCAAUUGAAAUGCGAUUUCGGCAAACUUUUUUUUCCUUGAAAGCUGUUGACCAGACGCGUCGUUUAAGCCCCAUAUUACGUCGGUGGCCAAAAAUAUCGGGGAGAUACAACCA